AUGUAUAAUAGUUCUUCCAACCCUUUUCCAUCAUCCAUCCAUGGCUUCCCUCCGGCGUCUGCUGCUAGCUUUUAUGGCCAUGAGAAAGAUGGUGUUUACUUCCACCACCACCCUCCUUUUGUUGCCGGAGAUUGUUCUUUUCAUCAUGUCACCACCACCGCCAUUGUUCCACCUCUUCUUCCACCUGCUAUCAAAGGAUCAGAAGUAGUAGGAUAUUGUGAUAAUAGUCGUAACCAUUUUUCAGAUUCAGUGAUUUCUUUUCCAUCUAAAACUAGAGUUUCGGGUUCGAAGAAAGAUCGGCAUAGUAAGAUCUUCACAGCGCAAGGUCCCCGAGAUCGGAGGGUGAGGUUGUCCAUCGACAUUUCGAGGAAGUUCUUUGGUCUUCAAGAUUUGCUAGGGUUUGAUAAAGCAAGCAGAACCCUUGAUUGGUUGUUUACAAAGUCCAAAACUGCCAUCAAAGAUUUGGUUGAAGAAAUGAAGCAACACAGUUCAUCUUCAGCUCUUACUGAUCAAUGUGAAGAGGUUUUCUUGGGGAAAGGAUCAGGAGAUCAUCUUGAAAAGAUCAAGGGAAAGAAGUCGAAGAAACCACCCAUAACCAAAUGCGGUAAUGGCGGUAGUAAAAGGAAGACGACAAAGAAAACGACAACACAAAAACAGAAAGCUGGAUUUCAUGUGAAUCUUGCAGCAAGAAGCCAAUCAAGGGCAGAGGCAAGAGCAAGAGCUAGGGAAAGAACAAUUGAAAAACUGCAAAAACUCAGAAGUGAAUCCGAGAAUGUUGUUGGUGAUCAAAACUACUGUUAUCACCUUCAAUCAAACUGUGGAAAUCAAAUUCAAUCACAAAGCAAUCAAGAUGUCAAAAUUGGGGAAUCAGCAGCCAUGGAUCAAAAGCUUUCAAAGCCAUACUCAUUGCUGUACAGUUCCCACUAUAGUUGCUUUGUUGAAUCUAAAGAUUCAACCUCCCAGUUUAAGAACAGUACUACCCAUUAA